AUGGCUACUACCAAGAUAUUCAAGCCCGCCACCCAUGAGGUAGGGGCUUCCGAUCCCAUUCUCACUCGCAUUGCCCAGGAAGACAAGGUGCCCUGGUAUCGGAAGCGGAACUUGCGAUAUCUCUACUUCAUGCUCUUUCCGACAUGUAUGGGCAUCGAGUUGACUUCCGGCUUCGAUUCACAAAUGAUCAAUGCCCUCCAGAUUGUGCCAUCUUGGAUUGAAUAUUUUGGUGACCCCGAAGGCUCAUUGAAAGGCAUCAUUGCCGCUGCAUAUUCGCUUGGAGCCAUCUGCUCUCUCCCUUUUAUUCCGAUUGUCAAUGAAAGGCUGGGAAGACGGGGAUCGAUCUUCCUCGGCUCCCUCAUCAUGGUCGUCGGUGCCAUCAUUCAAGGAUUUGCCCGCAAUGUUGGCAUGUACAUCGCCGCCCGUCUGAUUCUGGGCUUUGGGAUACCGACUUGCAUUGUGUCUGGCUCUGCUCUGAUUGGUGAACUCGGGCAAGUCUCUUCUCCAGCUGAGAAUAUUCUGGUCGUGGCCACCAAGCGGAAGUCUUCGUCGUCCGUUCGCACUGCUAACAGGCCGAAAACGGCAGGUCAAAUCGCUGCCGCUGGCAUCACUUUCGGAACGAACAGCAUCGCGAGCAACUGGGCCUGGCGCAUUCCAUCUCUGCUGCAAAUGGCCCCGUCAAUGUUACAGAUCUGCUGCGUCUACUUUUUGCCCGAGAGCCCCCGUUGGUUGCUCACCAAGGACCGCACCGAGGAGGCGUACGACAUCCUCGUGAAAUAUCACGCCGAAGGUGACCGGGACUCUGACUUUGUACGCGCCGAAAUGGCUCAGAUGCAGACCACGAUCCGUCUGGAGCUGGAAGCGUCGAGGAAAUCUUGGCUGUCGGUUGUGCAGUCCGCAGGCAUGCGCCGACGUGUGUUCAUCUCGUCUUUCCUCGGACUCUUCACCCAGUGGUCGGGCAACACCUUGAUCUCGUACUACCUCGGCGACUUGCUGGCCAUGAUCGGCCACACGGACAGCAUCUUCAAACAGAAAAUCAAUCUCGGCAACUCGUGCUGGUCGCUCGUGUGUGCGUUCACGGCCGCGAUGCUGGUGACCCGGUUCAAGCGCCGCACCAUGUAUCUCGCGUGCACUUGCAGCCUGCUCGUCGUCUACAUCUGCUGGACCGUGACCAUGCAGCAAUCCAUCGCGGCCGUCGAGUCCGGCCGGACAAACACGGCGGCGGGCACCGCGACCAUCUUCUUCAUCUUCCUCUACGCGCCGUGCUACAACAUCGGCUACAACGCCCUGACGUACACGUACCUCGUGGAGCUGUGGCCGUACGCGGAACGGUCUCGCGGCAUCUCUGUGUUCCAACUGUUCGGCAGGCUGGCCGGGUUUUUCACCACGUUCGUGAACCCCAUCGGCCUGAAAAACAUCAGCUGGAAAUGGCUGAUUACGUAUUGUUGUUGGCUGGCUUUUGAGAUCUGCUUCGUGUGGUUCUUCUUCCCCGAGACGGCCGGCCGGACGCUGGAGGAGUUGGCCUUUUUGUUCGAGGACAAAGCUCUGGCCGACCAAGCCGUCAUGGCCGUCGAGAAGGUGGUGCACCAUGAAGACAUGGACCCUGUGGCGCUAGACUCGAAGCACGCUGAGAUCGGACACGCCGAGGUCGUCGAGGCCAUCGCCGAAAAGCCGAGCAAGGUGUAA